AUGUUAAAUAAAAGUAUUGAUAAGGAUGUAUCAAAAUCAUUGAAAGAAUUUCGUUUGAGUGAUGUUGCACGUUGUUAUCGUUCUCCAUAUAGAACAAAUGGUGCUUUAUCGAUUUUAAAUCAAACAAUUGAUGAUUUAAUUCAAAUAUAUGAUUUUAUUGAUUCAAAAAGGAAAGGAUGGCUUAAGCAAUUUAAAAAGAUUAUCGAACAAGCUAGAGAUAAACAAUCAACUAUUUGUCAAACAAUGACUGAACUAAGAGAUAAUUAUGAAAAAGCUCAACGAAAAUUAGAAACAGCUGAUGCCAAUUUAAAAAAAAAUGUUUUAAUGAUUCUUUGA